CAGAGAGGAUUCGGUUUGUGCUUCUGCAGCUUUAUGAAUUCAUUUUGGAAACAGGAACCGAUGUUUGGCUUAUUACCUGGUGUCCCAAACCGGCUCAAAUUCUGCAAAUUGAAAUUGAAAUCGUAGAAUACAAAGCUGAAUUCUUCAUCUUACCUCAGAGAGAUUUAAAAUCAGGAAGCAUUUUGAAUAUUCAGGGAAAGAAGAAAGUUAGUUUAAAACUUGAAUAAGCUGAGUGUGAAGUUUGAAACGGCUCAGAGGCGUGAAGGAUCAGAGUCUGGUAAAAAAACUAACGGCUCCUCAGGCUCAGAACCAGACGUUUGGUUUGAUCAGAAAUCAUUGAAUCCAGAUUUUAAACAACAUCUGGGUCUGAUUCUGUCCUGUGUAUCUUUUGGGUGUGGCCUCAGUCAUUUUAACAUCAACGUUGUAAUAAAGUUUAGAUUCUUCAUCUUUGGAGGAUUUUCAGGAAUCUUUGUUCACUAAUUGAACAGAUUAAAUCACAUUUCUGCUUAUUUCAAUAUAAUUUGAUCAGUUUUUCUUUUGGUCGGAUUAAAAAACAUAAACAUUGAAAUUUGAGUCAAUUUUGGUUUUUCCAGGUUCACAAUAACACAGUUACAAACUUUGGUCAGGAAAUGUUGAUGAAUCUUUAUGAGGUGAUUUAAUCCGGUUCUGGUUCUGGAGUCAUGAAGGCCUCUGAAGUCCUCUCAUUGGUUCUGGUAGUUCUGGCCGUCCUGGCUGGUUCUGGUGAGAUGAAGUUCUGUGACGUCCAUUUUGUUUCUCUUCAGAGGGCUGAGGAAGAAAUGGCAGAUAGUCCAGAUCACAAGACCAGCGCCCUGCUCAGAGCCUCCCAUCUGCCUCUGGUCCGCUCCGUGUUCCGGUCCGUGUCUUCCCUCCUCUCCGGGGUCAAAGAGCGUUACCCCCUGCUGGGCCUGGUGGGGGGCGUGGCAGAGGUCGGAGUUCGCGGCGUGUCUGAGGAAGCCCUGAGACGGGCCACGCCCCUCCUCCAGAGUCUGGAGCCCCAAAUCGACCUCGCCAACAGGUUGGCUCUGACUGGUCUGGACAGUCUGGAGAGGACGUUUCCCAUCCUGAACCAGUCCACAGAGGAGGUGAUGACUCACUUGCAAGACGCCUUCUUUUUGACUCUGGAUGAUGUCCAGGUGUGGGUGGUGGACGGCCUGGACGGAGCUCUGGACCAGCUGGAGCGAGCCGCUGACUCGGUCCGGACGGCCGGGCGGCAGCUGCAGGAAACGCAGGUGGGCCAGGCGGCGGUGGCGGGGCUGGACAACGUCCUGAGUCUCCUGGAGGACUCCGCCGCCUACUACUUACCCCUCCCUCCUACCCUGCGCCGGGAGUGGGAGAUGAAGGUCCAGCAGUACGAGGAUGAGGAUGACGGAGACGAGCCGGGCCUCUGGACCAGAGCCCGCAGCCUGCUGCUGAUCCUCAGCCUGCAGCUCUAUCACCGCCUGCUGAAGGCCAGGGAGCAGCUGCAGGGAGCCGCCCGGACACUGGGGGGCGCCGCCGAGCAGGCGGGUCUGACUCGGGUCCUGGAGUUAACAGGUGAGCUGCUGCAGUUCUUCCAGAGCCUCCUGGUGGCGCUGUUGUUCCGCGCAGAGAGUCUGAAAGAGGCCACACUGAGGGAGCUGGUGGAGCGAGCGGCCAUGUUGGCCGAGCUGAGCCCAGUUCGACGGGUCCGAGAACUGCCGGUUCAGAUCCAGCAGCUGCUCCACGACCUGCAACAGCUCUCCAAGAUCCUGCUGCAGUUCGUGAUCAACAUCACGCCGCUCUACAGCAUGCUGGAGCAGCCGUCGCCUCAGCAGGUGGAGGAUUUCCUGAACAAGGAGGAUUUCUCAGACAGCUCAUCGCGCCGUGGCUCAGCUAACAGCCUCUUCCUCAAGGCAAUGGACGGCCGCCCUCGCCGCCGUCGCAGCAUCUACUCGCGCGCCACCCGGGCUGCUGGUGGCCCCCAAAGUCCCGACCCGCCCAACGGGCGGCGCUCGAGCACCAAGGAGCCUUCCACCCCGGAGAUGGACGGGGCGGCCCACCCUUCCGAAGGCAACGCCCUCCGACGACCGUCCGCCACCGAGCUGCUGCUCACGCCGCUCAAACAGUUCGUGGCCCAGAGCCAGAAGGCCUUGGAGUACCUGAGCCCGAACUCCAGCGACGGCGCCGCCAUCGUCACGGAAACAGACGACUCUUAAACACCCGCCGCCCGCGGUUCGAGGCGCCGAGUCCGCCUCCCGAUGCGCCACGGCGCCCCACCGCCUCCCCCGACGACCACACGUCUCUGCCUCGGCUGGUGCUGGUUUGCGCUUUCGCGCUGAACCGCAGAGGCGUCACCAAAUUAGCACUCAGUCACUGACGCUGCAAUUCUGCUUCACACAAACCCGUUGCGAGAAAAACCCCGGAAAUAUCCGAUCACAGAGCUUUUCUCUGCACAGUGGAUGUAGAAACCAACACAGUCCUGUUGAAGCUCCAGGUUCUUUAUGAUGUAGAAAUAUUAUCAACGCCAUUUUCUUAAUCUUGCGACUUCAUCUCUCUAGCCUGACGCCUGAAGGCCUGGAUUCAAACUGACUGUCCACGUAGAAGAAGAGUAACCCCAGAUCAUGAUGCUGCCACCACCGUGUUUUAGUUGUGGUUGGUUUCAUCAGGUACUCGGCCAAAAUGUGGGAGAUUUCAUGUUUAGAUGUUUUCUAUAGCAGAAAUGUUUUUUCCGUCAUGCAUUUCAUAUUUCAUCUUCCCUAAGGGAUUUUUUAUUUUUUGCCCUUUUCUCUUUCUGAAUUUUCUCAUUUAUGAACUUUAGGGAUUUUUUUCAUCACCUACUUUAGUUUAAUCUAAGAAUUUUUUGUCAGAAUUUUGACUUUAAUCUGGAAUUCUGAUUUUAGGGAAUUUCUUUCUCACAAUUUUUACCUUUUUCUCAGAAUUCAGUCACAUAAAGCAAUUAUUUAAAUCUGACAUGUUCCUACAGGAAGUAAAUUCUCCUCCUGCUUUACUUGCUUCUGAUUGAAUCUGGUUGCUGCCUUAACUCAACAUUCUGAGUAAAAAGUCAAAUUUAGUUUUGUAUUUUAUUGGCCCUAAUCCUCUUCCGUAGUUUCUAUCCAGGUGUUGAUGAGUCAAACGUAAAACUGUGAAUUUCUGUGCAACUUUCUCUGGACUGUUUUCUUUAAGAUAUGAGAUAUUUUGUGACAUUUCUGCAAACUGGCUCUAGCUAAAAUACGCAAAUAUCAGGAAAAUUCAACUAGAAGAGCUCAGAUUAUUAUUCACUAUAACUGAUAUUAGUUCUGAAUCCAAGAAGACUAAAUGCUGAAGCUCAUAAAACCUGGAUUUUCAACAGGACUGUGUAGUUUCUCAAUCGCUGUAGUAAUCCCGUUUUACUGUACUAUAUUUAUCUGGAUCAUGGGAUCAGAGUAUUAGAAGUGGGCCGAGUACACAGCCUGGUGGGACGCCUCCUAAAUCUCAAAACUAGAUCCAAAGAUUAGCUUUAGUCAUCAAUCUUGGUUGUUUUUCAAAAGAAGCAGAAUUUAAGCCAAUCCUCUGAUCUCUGGGAUUCAUUGUGUUUGAAUAUUAAUAUGAAUUUAUCAGUAUUUAUUUCAGUAUGCUUUACAUUAACUCCAACUGGUGGUGGGCACCGCUAACUGAAAAGUUAGUCUGCUAACGGUAAAGCACUUCAGAAACACUGUAUCAAGCUAAAUCUAAUGCUAAACCACUAACUUCAAUUCCAAUGAUAAAUGCCUUACAUACUAUGUGCCUUUAAAUAUUUAUGUUUGGAUCUCGUUCAUUUUAUUUUAUUCCUGUAUGUUUCUUGUUUAUAAUAAAGUUACUGGGGGAAAAAGACAGAACAGGAAGAUGUGAAACAGAACUGCUGUGUAAACAGACUUCAAAAUAAAAGCAUGAACAUCAAUGUCUGUUUCAUUUCUUAGCAGCCAAUAACCAAAACCUCAACACAGAUGUUAAGCUUCAUCCACUGACAGUUUGUAGAACCGCUAAUAAAAAUCUAUUUUGGCAAAGCAAAGUGUGCUAAAUGUUUUCAAAGUUGGCAAAAGCGCUAAGCUAAAAAUUAGCUUAGCGCUAAUGCUAAUUAGCUCCGCUGUUAUUAUUGGCAGGUUAGCGACAUGUGCCCACUGCUGACUCUAACCCUUUUAUGUUAAUGAUUAAUAAUCAGUGUUGUAUAAAGUACUGAAAUCUCAGAGUCAAGUAAAAGUACAAGUACCUCUCCAAAAUACGACUUUGGU